AUGGAUAUAUCCACGUAUUCCAAUGAUCUAUAUGAAUAUCCAGCUAUGAAACGUCCUGAUACUGAAUUCCCCAAUGCCUUUAUCUUCUAUUGGGAGAAUCUUCUCAUGCCAAUCAAUUGGAUGCGUCAACAGUUAGGCUUUCACCCAUCCAUUCCAGCUCUCCAAGCUACGAAACAACAAAUUCUACGGACUCCAAACCUCCAGGCGGUAUUUGCAACAAUUGAACAAGAACUCAUUCAGCUUCUUACUUCAGUGUCAAAUCACGGUCCAGUCUUUAUCAUAAGUGACGAUAGCGUGCAAUUGGUUGAAGCCACAUGCCGAACAUUUUUUCCAAGACUUGCCUAUUGUCUCAGUAGCUCCACGAUACUGACCAAUGUACACGUCGUUGGAGCUCCAACCACAUUCCAGAGUGCAUCUGACAAAGCUGCGUCGCGAGUCAAUUUGCUCCAGAGUUUGUGUCGUGACCAAUUGUUUGGCCAUGCACCGCAGAGACUUUUUGACCCGAUAACCGGCAAGUUUGGACUCGUGGUGGUGAGUCCUCAUCAAACGGACAUUGCAGCGUGUGGUGAUGCGUACAAAAUCGCACCUUUUGUCGUUUUCAAGGCUCUGUAUGUGCCGAAUGUAAAAAAUCUCACCCUGCACGAGUUCAAACUGCAUCUACGGACACUAUCGUCGUAUAUCUCCCAGGCGGUACCAUGCGACACAAGCUUUGCUAUUCAACUGUAA